AUGCCCCAAUCGAUAGAUGAUACUCGACGCCAUGUCCAGGUUCUACCGGAACGAAUUGGAGCCGUCGCUGGCUCAGAAUUUCCCGGACAUUAUCCUGGAGAAGAUCAUUCGUGGAAUUUACAAAAGUUCAAGGAGAACCUCAUCACCUCUGUACAGCGUUUGACGCCGUCUACAAUCGAAUUUGACUUGGUCGGCGUAGAUGCCUCAAUCGCAAAUGCUUUAAGAAGAGUAAUGAUUGCUGAGGUACCGACUGUUGCUGUGGAGGAGGUUUACGUGUGGAACAAUACCUCCAUUAUGCAAGAUGAGGUUUUAUGUCAUAGAGUGGGAUUAGUACCGUUGAAGAUAGAUCCUAGAUCAUUGAACUAUAAACCAUCACAACAAGCACACCCGCACGAAACAGAUACGAUAGUACUUGAAUUACGAGUAAGAUGUGAUCGAAAACCUGGAGUCGAUAAAUCAGAGAAAGAUCCAAGAAAAUUAUAUUACGAUUCAAACGUCUAUACAGGUAUGAUGACAUGGUCUCCAUCAGGUGAUCAAGCUAGGAAAUACAAAGGGAAGGAACCAAAACCUGUUGAUCAAGAUAUACUGUUAUGUAAAUUGAGACCAGGUCAACAGAUUGAUCUACAUUGUUUCGCUAGAAAAGGUGUUGGAAUGGAUCAUGCUAAAUUCAGUCCUGUCGCAACCGCAUCAUAUCGACUUUUACCUCAUAUAAUAAUUCGUGAACCCAUCCCGUCAGAACAUCAAGAGAAAUUCAAAAAAUGUUUCCCAGAAGGUGUGAUUGAGAUUGAAAACGAUCAAGUGAUAGUGAAGAAUCCAAGAAAAGAUACGGUCAGCAGAGAGGUAUUGAGACAUCCUGAAUUUGCGGAUAAAGUAUCAUUGAAUAGGAUAAGAGAUCAUUUCAUCUUCAACGUAGAGUCAACAGGUCAAUAUCAACCCCAAGAAUUGAUACCAGAAGCAAUCUCUAUACUUCUCAGUAAGAUCAAAUCCGUUGAAGAUGGACUGGAUAAACUCUUCUCCUCAGAAGGCCAGGCCGCAUAA